AGGGUAUAUAAAGGCAAGCAUGACGGAUGGAGAAUCAUUCAAGCUGUUGAAGUAUCUGAGCUAUGAUGAAGGUGGUCCUCCUGCUGGUGACGGUGUUGGCUGCAGCCUCGGCAAGGAUGUCUGGGAGGUUGCCCGGAGGCUUUCACAUUGACCCUGGUUUUUCAUGCGAGAGUCGUGCGUACGGGUUCUACGCCGACAUACAGAACAGCUGCUCAGCCUACCACAUCUGCCACCCAGUGUACGACGAAACAGAGCAGCUGGUGGAGAUGGCGCACUUCACUUUCCUCUGUGGACCAGGGACUAUUUUCGACCAGGAGCUGCUGGCCUGUGCUCACCCGAAGAAGGCCUUUCCCUGCUCCGAGUCUGACACCAUCUACGAACACUCCAACCUCCAACUCCUAAUCGACUGGCGGGAGAAGAACCGUGCCCAAGCAGAAAGACGUGCCCAUACAUUGGAACGUGCCCAAGAAGAAGAACGUGCCCAAGCAGAAUUACGUAGCCAAGCAAAUGAACGUCCCCAAGCAACAGAAUCUGAAGAAUUGUUCUAAACGUUUAAUUCUGCCACAUGAACAAACACGUCAUGCAUAAAUGCAGAUUUACAAUUCACAUCCAAAAAAAGACAUAAAACGGUAUUAAAUCACUACUAAUUACACAAAAGACUCCUAGAUAAUGAGAUGAGAGACAUGACUGACCAUUACCCCCCCCCCC